CCGAUCUGUCCCUCCGGAUCGGAGCCCGCAAAAGUCCUGGCUCUCUCGGCAGGGAGGCAGUUAUCGGAGAAGCCAGGGAGCCUGCCUGCUCCUUAGCCCGCCCCGGUUGCUUCCCCCGCCACUUCCGCGGCUGUACCUGCUGGGAGGCUGAAACUGACCAGAGCGCAGUCUGCGCGCGAACGAACGGCGCUGGGUGAAACCGACCAGGACCCAACGGUCCAUCCCCAGAACGCUGCGGGCCUGGCUUGUUGCAACGUUCCAUCCUUAGAACGUGGAGGAAACUUUGUUCGCUGCUCUUCUUGCAACUUCACAUACUCCCUGGAAAUCCCUCUCGCUGCUGAUUUAUUGUUUUAUUUUUAUUUUAUUUGAAAGGAAAAGUUGGGGGAAAGUUUUCCCCUGUUUUUAUGCUAAGAGAGAGAAGUCUUGUAUUUAUUUAUUGAUCUGUUUAAGAAUCCCAGGCAAUUUAAUUGAUCUCAGAGAUGCCUCGGGCUUUCUUAGUGAAAAAAUCCUGUGUGUCUGUGGGCAAGAGGAACUGGAGUGAAUUGCCUGAUGAAGAGAGAGGAGAGAUUUAUGUACCAGUCUGCCUGGGGGGCUGUGCCCUGGGCAAGGACUUGGAGCCCUCGGUGGCUGAAGCCCCCUCGUAUCCGAUGCCCCUGGACCUGACCCUGCGAGAUCCAAGCUACACGGCUGUCCAGCUCCCUGGGGAGGUGCCCCCAGCUGGGCAGCACAAUGGGUUCCCGCGGCCCAAAAUGAAGGUGACGUUGGGCGCGGGGCCGGGCGAGCUGUUCUCCUGCCCCGUGUGCCAGAAGGGCUUCAGCUACCAGCGCAUGCUCAACCGGCACCUCAAGUGCCACAGCGAGGUCAAGCGCCACCUGUGCCCCUACUGCGGGAAGGGCUUCAACGACACCUUCGACCUCAAACGCCACGUCCGCACCCACACAGGCGUGCGCCCGUACAAGUGCCACCUGUGCGACAAGGCCUUCACGCAGCGCUGCUCGCUGGAGUCGCACCUGAAGAAGAUCCACGGGGUGCAGCAGCGCUACGCCUACAAGGAGCGGCGGGCCAAGCUCUACGUGUGCGAGGAGUGCGGCUGCACGGCCGACAGCCAGGAGGGCCACCUGCUCCAUCUGCGGGAGCAGCACCCCGACAGCCCCUUGCUGCGCAAGGCCUCGCGCAAGACGGCUGCCUCCCUGCACAGUGCCCUCCCCACGCUGCUGCAAAGCAGCCCGCGUCUGUGAGACGUCGCACCCUGCAGGGCACCCAGUGCCUGGGAGACAGCGCCCCCUGGGGGCUGGGCAGGGCCCUAUCCAGCACUGAGCCCCUGGGAGACAGUGCCCCUGGUGGGCACCCGACACUGGGGCAGGACCAGUGACUGAGCCCUGCUGCCUGGAGACUGGACACUGCCUGCUCCCUCCCAGCAGUGCCCUGGGACGUGGGCAGCACGUGGCAAAUGCUCCAAAGAAGCCCCCACCCCCUGUGGAGAAGUCCCCAAUGCUGCUCCCCCCUCGAGGGGCAGACAGCUAUCCACAGGGCACUGACUUUGCACUGCUCCUUUCCCGAAGCCUUGGGGGAGAUGCGGGCAUCUGUGGGCCGUGUCCAGUCCCCCGUAGGCUCUGCCCACAGGCUGGGCAGACAGGAUUUUUUACCAUUGUGCUUUUCUGAGGGGGCUGGGCAGCAGGAGUCAUGUGCCCCCCCACCAUCUCAACCUCGGUGCCAUCCCCCUCCAUCCCCCCCGCCACACACACUCAGGAAGAAGCCAGGGGUGGCUCCAUUCCCUGCCCCCACCAAUCCCAUCAGGACCAUUCUGCUCUGGAUUUCCCAGUCCCCCUUGGCCCCAUCCCCUGCUGUUCCUGCAUGAAGUGAGGUUUGCUCCUGGGCUGUUGCUGCUGCUUUGGGGAAGGUGUUUACAUUACAAAUCCCAGCUGUCCCCACUCUGGGAGUCUCCGGGGCUGACAGGAGACCUGUGCUGGGGGGCCUGAGAAUGCCUGGGAAGGGGGCAAGGCUCAUUCAACUCCAGGGCCCCAACCACACUCGGGAGAAAUAUCCAUGACAUAAAAUCUGGGCACCGGCUUUGAUUCAGGGUGGAGACACCUCCUCGGACAUAUCUAGGAGUGCGGGGUGGGAGGGGAAUCUUCCAUAUAGCGCCAAUUCCCCAGGCCCCUCCAUGCCACCGUUUCCCCUCCCCCCACUUGCAGAGCUGUCACUGACCUGGACAACUACGGGGAUCGUGGUGACUGGAGAAUGUUGAUCAAGGAAUUAGGAUUUAUCUGAAUUCCACCCCCCCCCCCAUCCUCUGCCUUAUUUGUGCUGCUGUCCUGAGGCGGGGGGCUGAGGUACAAAUGCUUUAAUGGGGGAGGCUGCAUCUUCCCCCUGCCCUCCUUUCUGUGGCUCAACUGACCGGUAGACCCCCGCCCCCACAUCCACCAGGUCCCCCUCCCCCUGCCUGCUCCCCUCCAACACCACCUUUACACACCACAGAACACCUGGGCAUUGGGGUCCCCAGGAUCAGGGCAAUUCCAGCCCUCCACCUGCAUUGCCAGCCCCAGAGCAUCCAUUCACCGAGGGAGGUGUCGUAGCAGAGCCCCUAGGUCAGGGGGAAUGGGGUAGGGCCACGCCAUGGUCUGCACCCCACAUAUGAUCAGCUGGGCUGUGUUACCCCCGCCCCUCACCUACCCUCACCGUGACUGCAGCAGGGUGAUGCCAAAGACCCAUCCCCCCCCCACAUACUAACUGCAAUCUCUUUAAAUCUGGGGGUGGGGGGUGGCUGCCUCUCCUCCUUGGGUAGAUAUUGGGGGACUCUGCCAAUCCCCAGUGCCAAGAGGUUGGGUAGAGGGACCUGUUCCCAGCUUAGCGGGGAGCUUCCCUCAGAGGGGACCCUGCAUCCCACUAAGCUGGGAUUGCUCUAACUGCAUCCGUCCUGUCCCCCACCCCCUGCAUGUAAGCGGUGGGGGAGUGGGUCCUGGCAGGGGUGUAGUAGGAGGUGUCGGGGUGCCAGGGCCCGGAUCGUGUUUACAGUUUGGCUGUGGGAAACGAGCCAGACAGUUUGUUAGUAAUUGUGAGUUUGUAUCUGUGUCUGUUUGUGAGUCUAGUAAAAUCAGGGAAUUGAA